ACCCUACACAGCUUUAAGUAUUCAAGAACAAAAAUAUUCCCUGCCCGAAGAGGAGAGUAGAAUUAAUCCAUACAGAACUAACAGAGUAGUUAAUAGCUCACUCUGUUUCAUCUGUUUUUGUCAAUUCUCACUCCUCUUUUGCUCUCUUUUUCCAUGAACUUAAUCAGCAAAUUCUUUUCAGCAUCUACUAUGUUUAUAGUAGCUCGCUUCUCUUCUCUACCCAAGAGAGACAGUUGCUGCUAAAGCUCCCAUAUUUAAACAAUUCUCUUUGGACUGAGAACCGAAAGAAUUAGUCCUCCUCCUCCACCCCCUGAUUUUCUCUGCUUCCUUCUUUUGUAAAUGGAUACAUUUGACAUAAAACUUGAGAAGAGAAAUGCAAUCUUGAAGCAUCGUCACUUGUACAACAUAGCAAACUGGCUCAGGUUUGUUGAGUUUUGUGUUGUUCUGGUCUUGAUCUCCAGGUUUACAACUCAGCUGCCGGUAGCUGUUAAAAAUUCUGGCGAGUACGUCCGGGGCUUGUCAGUUGUUCUUGUGAGCCCUCGCUUUGUGUUCAUCGUCGGGAACGUGAUAGUCAUCACUCUCUUCGCAAAAGCUGGGCAGUUUUCAGCUCAAGAUUCUACUGCAAAGAGUUCAGGAACCGAUCUUUACCAAGAAUUCGUUGAGAAAAGUGAGAAAAGUCAGGCAAUUCAUCGAUAUGGAAUCGAAUAUAGAGAAAAACAAAGCAAGAAGAGUGUAGUUGAAGAGAAAAUAGUUUGUCUCAAUGUGCAUACUUCAAAGGGAACAAAGCAUUACAAAAGAAGUCAAUCAGAGAAUCUCAAGCGGGUGAACUGCAAUGAAGCUUGCCAGCAACUCAGGCGAUUGGAAUCAGAAAAGUACAGAAAACACAAUGAUUCUGAUCAGACAAUGGUGAAGAGUUCAUAUCCUGAAGAUGGAAUGAGCAGUGACCAGUUUCGCGAUGCGGUUGAGGCUUUCAUUGCCAGGCAAAAAAAGCUUUUAAGGGAAGAAGAGUACACGGUGAUUUGGCAAGAUUUAGAGUGACGAAGCAAAUCCUGGUUCUCCCUUUUCCUGUUUUUACGAUUGUUUUUAGUCUUUUUGAUUUUGCCUUUCCUUUCGUUAGCCUAUACUGCUUUGUACAUGUUUAAUUGAUCAUCAAAUCCAAUGAGAUAUAUUCCUAUCAAAA